GAGCUUGACAGUUCUGUCCAUAUUCACUUUUAUUGUUUAGAACAUGGAUGAACUGUUCCUUUAUUUUAAUUUUAUUUUUUAAAGAAUUAUGUUCUGCGUGUGUGUUUAAGAUCCAAGGAGUGAUGAAGGGUUACUGGUAUACCUCUCUCUUCAUCUUCAUCGUAUUUUAUGGAACCGGCCAGUACAGGAACACGCAAACAGCAGGUCUGACCUGUGUGAACGACUAUGUGACCAACAUUUCUUGUCUGUGGUGGAACUCUACAGAUUUCUCUGACCAGCGAUGUGUGCUUGCGGGGAAAUGUGACAUGAAAAGAUGUGUUCAUAGAUCGUGUGAACUGGUGCCACUGAGUAAUCAAUCACAUUCUAAGAGAAGUUGUUCUUUAAGCUUUAACAAACCUAACUUUUUUUUCAUCAACAAAUUCUGGUUGAAUGUAACCUGUAAUGGAUCUGUCAUCACUAAACUGUAUUAUCAGCCUAGCCGACAUAUUAAGACCCAACCCCCAGAUAUGCUCACUGUAAGUGGGGACAAAAUAACUUGGAGUAAAGGCAGUAACUUUCCAGAAGCCAUAAAAUUUUAUGAAUUUCAGCUGGAGUUUAAAGCCUUAAAUAUAAGCUGGGAGAUGGCAGUACAUAUCACUAUCACUCAGGAAAAUUACGUGCAGCUAGACCAAAAUAAACUUACUGUCGGAGAAGAGUACCAGGCCAGGAUGCGUGUGAAGCCUGUUGAGCCCAUGGAUGAUGGUCAUUUUCGGGGGGAAUGGAGCGACUGGAGUCCUAUUGUGUCCUGGACAUCUGAGAUCGGAAAGCCACCAGCGAAACCAGGAGAUGAUGUAUCUCUAACAGUGCCUGAUGAUAUGCGUAUUGUUCUGAUCAUUGGAUUACACAUAUUGCUUGUUCUUGUUGGUCUUUGUUUGGUGAUCUAUAAGGCAAAGAAAAGCAAACGGUCAAUAAAACCAAAAAAUCAACAUGUUCCAGACCCCUCCAAAUAUUUCCAGCCUCUUCACACUGUUCACGGUGGAAACUUCCGGAAAUGGCUGGGCUGUCAGAAUUCUGUUGGGCAAUUUCUUACCCCUCAGUCAUGUGACGAUAUCUCACCUGUAGAGGUCUCGGAUUUUUUGGACGUGUCCUUGAUGGAUCCCGAUGCUCAGAUGUCUGUUGCUGCAUUUGUUCACUCCAAUCAGGUGGACUCUGGACUGGAGAACAGCGGCACUAGUCAUGCAUCCUCAUCCGUUUUCUCUAACAUGGGCUACUUCUAUAGCAAAUCCAAUAGAGGCUCUCUUUAUCUCGAAUCCUGCCCCGUGUACUUCAGCUACCGCCCUGAGCAAGCCAUAAGCUCCACUGACUCAUCACCUGGGUCUUCAUACGACUAUUUGCAAACCCCAAGUUACCAGACGGAUCAGCCCAUGAGCCCGGAUUCAGGGUUCGACAUGCCUGGAGAGGAGCAUUGUGAGGAUGACCAAGAAGAUGAAGAUAGCAGUGGCGCCGAGACAUGUGCGGCAGAAGGACAAGCGCUGAUUUCCUUCAUUAUGUCGCUGUCACAGGGUUCCCACAGUGCUGUUUGUCCAGCAGAGAGUUUGGCUCCGGUGGCAGUCGUCACACCGUGGUCUGAACCUGUGAGAGCACCCAGAUGCAAUUCCAGCUCUAAGCCUGCAGAGGGCACCAUGGUCAGACCCUCCUCCAUGAUUGAGCCCUGCGGGAGUGGGUAUCUGACCCUGAAGGAGAUGCAGAAAUACAGCAACAAAUCCAUCUGAAUGCAGACCUAGUCCAUCUCUGUCUGUAUAGGGGAGACCGGGGUAAAAUACAACUCGGGUUUAUUUUUGAAAGUCAGUUUCUAUUCCGACGCAUACAGUACAGUUCAAAUGUUUGGGGUCAGUAAUUAUUUUAAUAUUUUUAAAAGAAGUCUCUUGUGCUCAUAAAGGCUGCAUUUACUUGAUAAACAAUACUGUAAAAAUAGUAACAUUGGGAAUUUUUUUUAAAUUUAAAAGAACUGUCAGUGUCACAUGAUCCUUCAGAAUUUUUCGUUAUUAUUAUUAUCAGUGUUGAAAAUGGUUGUGCUGCUUAAUAUUUUUAUGGAAACCAUGAUACUUUUUUCUUUUCUUUUUUUCCAGGAUUCUACAAUGGAAAUUUAUUUGAAAUAGAAAUCUUUUAUAGCAUUAUAAAUAUCUUUGCUGUCACUUUUUAUCAAUUCAAUGUGUCCUUGCUGAAUAAACGUAUUAAUUUAAAUAUAUAUAUAAAUCUUACUGACCCCAAACUUUUGAAUCAUAGUGUACCUUAGAGGCUUGGCUAAAAAAUGAAUCCUAUUGAACAUUUUUAGAGUUAUUAUUCAGGGGAAAAAACAGUUUAUCGACCAUCAAACUGAUCACAUUGACCUUUGUGACAACAUGCCCCUCUCUAUAGGGGUAAGCGGAAACCUGACAUUAAACAGCCUAUUAUAGGCACUUUUGUAAUAUGAAUAGGAUUAAUGAAAUUGAAGCAAACCAUUCAUAAAGCAGCAAAUGUUUAAUAGCCACUGCUAGAGAAAACAAACACAUUUGUGUAAUUAGACAUUUGACUCAAACCCUAAUAAGUGUGACAAUAAGUGUGACAACUUCCCAGUCUCCCCUAGACAGUUUAUUUGCAUUAAUUCUUCACAACGCUGCAAAUUGUAUACUUUACUAUAUCCUGUUUGCAUGAAUUAAAUGGUAUUAAAAAGGUCAACGUUGCAGCUGCAUUAUAACAGCUUUAAACUUAUAUUUUAGAUACCUUUGUACAGCAUCACGAUAAGCUAGAUUUGAAGGCAUGUUCAGGGUUAAACACGACUUAAGCUCUAUUUUAAUGCCAGUGCCACUGCAAUAAGGAUGAUAUAGAGAAAUUUACAGCUCUGAUAACUGUCAAGUAAUUGCUACACUUUUGUUUGACACGUAUGAAGGAAGCAAUACAUCUAACUUUAACAUCUUAUAAAUUUGCUUGAUUGAUUUAAUGAUGUUUAAUUUAGCAAAUGUUGAGGCUGAAUAUAGCUGAUACAACUUUGAUUGUUGGAGGUUAUUUCCACCCCUAACCUUUUAUGUUGCUAACAUUUUGUAUUUUAAUUAGAAAUAUAAAUGGUUAAAGUGAUUUAGUUGUUCAAGUUUCCAAAUUGAACAUUUGUAAUGUUCAAAAUCAAGCACAAAGCAUUUGCUUGAUUUUUAGCUGCUAUUAACUGUUAUUUCAUGUUUAUCUGACUGCUAUAAACAUGAUACAAAUGCUGCUUUUCAAAUGUGAAUUAAUUGUUUAGAAAUUCAGGGGGUUGUUUUUGCUUGCAAGGCAAUCCAUUAAUGCAGAAGCCUCAAGGUUGUUCAAGGUAAAAAAAAAAAAAAUGUCUUGAGAUAUUACAACACUCCUAUAUACUGAUAUCUAUACAUUUUCUAACAAAGCUUCAAAGCAAUUCUAUGUAGUUUUGUGUAUUUUUGCGACCAUAUCGCCCCCCAAGGUUAAUUAAGUGCAAUUCACUGUGGUAAUUACAGCUGUACACGUGCAUUUGUUGCUGCCGCCCUUUUCGUGGAAUUUGGUAUGUGCUCACCAAACCUACAUGCUUCCAGAACAGAUGUUUGGGGGGAAUGUGGAAAAGAAAUAGAACUCAGUGUAGAGAGAAAACGGAAAUCUUUUAAAUCUGAUAUUUCAAGGUUAAAUAAAUAAAAACAAUGUCUACAUACAGUUGCUAUAGUUGUAUUAUUUGAGCAUUUCUGGAUUGUAGGCUGCCUUUGAGAAUAAGCAUUUUUUCCCCAUCAGAAUAAAAUGUAUUACCUUUUUUAUAUGAAAAUUUUGUAUUUGUUGCAAUUAUUCGAGCCUUAUUUUAUGUUUGUUUUGUUUUGUUUUUAACGUUUUUUACAUUAUGUAUUCUUGCAUGUUUCAUACAUAAUUAAAUAAAUUCCCAAAAAUAUAA